UUUACAAAAUGGCCGCUUUCAGUGUGUUGGUUCGUAUAUGGAACUUAUAAGUGAUAUUUUUUAUUUAUGCCAUUGAAAAGCAAGACAGAAGCGGUUAAUAUAACGUACUAGGAUGAGUUCUGGCCUAGCACCGAGUAGGAGCACGGCGUACGUAAGCAACUUGCCGUUUAAUUUGACUAACAACGACUUGCACCAGUUAUUUGAGAAGUACGGUAAAGUGGUCAAGGUAACUGUCCUUAAAGACAAACAAACAUGGAAAAGUAAAGGCGUUGCAUUCGUGCUGUUUUUGGACCCCGAUUCUGCCAGGCGAUGUGUAAGUGCUCUGGACAAAACGGAGCUCUUCGGUCGCACUCUUAAGGCGAGCAUUGCCAAGUACAACGGCCGGGCACCGGAAUUCAUCAAGCGAAAGGAAUAUAAAGACAAAUCCAAGUGCUACGAAUGUGGGGAGGCAGGACAUCUGAGCUACAAUUGUCCAAGAAAUGCAUUCGGAGACAGGGAAGCUCCGAAGAAAAAGGAAAAAAAGCGUAAAGCUCAAACCGGAUUCGGCGUGAGGCCCAAAAGACCUCUCAAGAGUGAAGAGGUUCAAGAUGAAGAAGUUGAAGAUGAAUCUGAUGAAGGUGAAGAUCCUGCACUGGAAAGCCUCAGUGCUGCCAUAAAAUAUGAGCAAAUGAAAUAUAGUACAGCUGAAGAGUCUGCCUCGGCAGCUCUGAAAAGGCAAACAAUUAAGCAGAGCAGUUACUUCAGUGAUGAAGAGGAGGUUGAUGAAGAUGCAUGACGUUGAGGAGAGCAGUCCAAAAGGGCCUAUGUGUGGAGAACGAUAAUGUAAGGGCAGCGCACACACACACAGCUAGAAAUUGAUCCUUAAGUGUUGUCCCUUCCAGCAUAGGCCUGCACGCAUAAAGGCAGUGCUGUGCUGGAGUUUGCACAUAGUCCAUGUACAUACAUAAAUGUUCCAUUUGUACAGAACAAGUUUAGCAUGCCUGUGGUUAACAAAGAGCCGGAGAUGUAGGUCAGAAUUCAAUGCAACGUUUUUGGAUUUGCAGAUAAUUGGAGCCACCUCAAUUAUGUAAAUAUCUAUUCAUUAAUUUAAAGGGGGCAAUAAACAGCUGGCAGAACA